AAUGGAUUGGAUGGGCUCACUGGGACGGACUAUAGUCAUGUACUAUAUAUUAUCAUGCUUGCUCGUGCUGCGACAGCUGGAUCGUCGAUAUUCGAUCGCGUCGCAGACCUCAUUGCCAUUAAAAGUUACAGGCACCACCAAUGAACAUAUUAUUACUAUCAUCAUCUAUCUUUACAAGUCUCAUUCUCGUCACUGACAAUACGAACAUUCGCGCAACGCAGCACUUGACCGAUCUCUGCAGCCACGAAACGGCUGCGGGUCAUCGCAAGAUCUUCUUGGCCGGCCCCAUCAACAUUCGUCAUUUCCAUACGAUGCGACAGAGCGCACUCCGAAACACGCCGAGCGAUGUCAUCCUUCCCAAUGAACAAUCGCGCAAACGUGCGCAGACGUUAAAACGCGUCGAACGCGCAACGCGUUCCCUUGUCGAGCCAGGCGCAGUGGGAGGGGUGUGCUGCGACACGAGAUUGUCGCGCUAUGAGGCCGGCUCUUGCGGAAGCUGUGCAUUGGCCGGCAUGUCCAAAUCGAACAGUUGGCUUGUGCAUUGUCUGGGAGACGGCUAAUAUUGUCAACGAAUUGGGGUGAUGGAGCAAUCCUCCUCCGGAAUCGCUAUCUCUGCUGUGUUGUAUUGCACGCUGUUGCGCUCGAGGAGACUAAGGCAAGGAAGGAGCGAG